UAUCAGUAAGCUUUCUCCUGAGCGUGCGUUGUGUGUUUGUUUGUAUUUCGCGGCAUGUGCUAGCGGACUUUAUUUUUCUUGAUGAAAUCAUUUUGAAUUUUAAUCAAGUUUUGAAUUAAUUUGAAAUCAUGUCUUCGCGAUUAAAAACAUCAACUAAAAAUGACUCAGAACGUUCACUAAUCAUUUUACCAGCUAUUUUAGGCCUUAUAUCUCUGUUUAUAUUUUGGGAAAUACUUCAAAGUCCAUUAAUUCAAAUUCUAAAAAGUCUGGUUGGUGGCCUUUUGUUGGUGUAUUUUUCAUGGGAAAUAAUCUAUUUUGACAGUCUAAUGCCUGGAAUCCAACCUGCUUCACCACUGUCACCAUCUAACAUUAAGAGUGUUUCCGGCCAUACCUUACAUCUGAAUUAUGCCUUAGCUCUCAUAAAUGGUGCCUUUUUUGCACUUUUCAUUAAUUGGUGGAUGUAAUCUUCACUUAAACAUAAUCUGUUGGACUUUUACCAAAGUUUGAAGUAGUAUUUUUCUAUAUUGAUUAGUCAACUUUUUUGUACAGAAUGUGAUUAGUAUAUUCCAAAGCACGUUUUUCUUUUAUUAUUUCUGUUGAAUGUUUAUAAAUGUAGGGGAAUGUUUCAACAUAUCAUUAUCAAUUUUAUAUUAAAAAUCAAAACAUAAAUUUUAAACAUAAUUAGAUUAAAGAAAAUCACAUUAUGUUUAAUGAUUAUGUUUAUAGCUAUGUUAAUCAAUUGAUUUCUGAAUCGUAUUGAAUUUUUUGUAUUAUAUCUGUGUUUUGUUAUUGUUUAUGUCGAGUUUUGAUGAUGAAAAAUCAUUAAUUAUAUUUUCAUAUAUAUUGUGUGUUUCGAAUAAUAUGAUAGUAUCUGCCUUAUGCAUGUAUUGUUGAAAGUUUUGAUCUUGGUAUAUUUUUGUACAUUUUAAUAAAGUUGUAAAUGACAU